GUGAAUUAGAACUAAGCUUUCUCUCUUCAUUUCCUUUUCUUCCUUCCCCUGUUAGCUCUCAAAACACACUUGAACUAAGCCGCCAUUGCUGUUCGGAUUUGCUUCAUUGGGAAAGUAGCGAAAAACAGAAUUUCAGGCACACAAAAGUAACUUAUGGAAGUAAACCGCAGCGUUCAGGCGCACACAAGUAAUUUAAUGGAAUUAGAUCAGAGGAUAGUGGUGCACACAGGUAACUCAAUUGAGUCAGCCCAGAGUGUUGGGGUGCUUGCUGAAGUUGAAAUGCCUACAGAAAAUAUCUUCCCAGUUCCAGCGUCAAUGCAAACAAGUGAACUUACAGGGGUAGUGGAAGCUGUAGCUGAGGUUGCCGUUCCUAGUGCAACAAAACAAGGUAAGUUUCUAGGUGCAGGCCAGCUAUAUGAUGAAGGUAAGCACUGCGGAAAGGUUCAGGAUGAGGAUUUUGUAGAGGUUGGAGGGUUCCGCGUACAGAAAACACACGCAUCACUGUAUGAAGCGAUCUGGAUGAAGUAUGGGCACAUUGCUUCCAACCAGGUUCUUACAGAUUUUUAUUAUUCCCAAGUUGUCGUUGUCGGUGAAGUAAUGGAUGUUAUUGCGGAAAUGAAUGACCAACCUAUGGAGGAGGUUUCUGAAGAGGUGAUUGCUGAUUGGGAGGAGAAGAUAAAAGUACCAGAGAAACUUGAAUUCAAUAUCGGCUGGCUUCGAGAGUGCUUGGACGAUAUUAAGGAAAAUUUUGCUGAGGAGAAGAAGUUCCGAGACACAUUAAUGGAACAGAAUCAGGCAAAAGUGAUUGAGGCUGAGCAGCAGUUGGUCUUGGCAAAAGAGAAACUUGUCGCCUUGGAAACUGAGAUUACUACCCUACUCAUGGGGAGAGCAAAUUUUCAAAAGAAGUGUGGUGGUGGUUUGCUGCUUCUAAGCAGUGACACAAACUUGUCAAUUGUCACGGAUCCAGUGCAAAGGAAUGCAAUUCUGAUUGAAGAACCUAUCGAUAACAACAACACAAAGACAGUGCGCCCUAAAAAAAUUGCAAAAAAAGACGCCUGAUUUCUAGCCUCACCAUGUAGUCCUGUUAAUGAAGUUUCCUUUUGUGUCUGAUCCAGACAGAAUAGAUGAUUUCCUUCUAAAAGCAUUUAAUAUUUCAUCAAACUGGUGGAUGGGAUGUGAUGCGUAUAGGCAUUUUUUACCUCCAAAAUGGUUACAAGCUGCGGCGUAAUUUUGUAGGCUAAUGCGCUAGCUUUAACUGAAUUUGUAUGUGAGGUAUAUCGGUGGUUUAGUUGUUUUUUGUUUGUAAUUUUAAUUAAGGCUUUCUCAUUUAGAGAUAGUCAACAGAUGUAUCUUUUGUCGA